CCCGUACCGGAAAAUUCACUAGUGCCGUUGGAGCGGUGCCGAGGUGUUCGUCAGUAGAGACGAGGACGCGAGUGGGGACGGCCGCACCGCGGUGAGCCGCGCCAACAUACGAAUGAACACUAAAACUCCUAGUCCAGAAUAGCCGCGGAACGACCUCAAGCAAGAUGGGGUCCCAGCAGUUUUGCCUCAAGUGGAACAACCACCAGUCGAACAUGCUGGCCGUGUUCGAGCAGCUUCUAUCAAACGAAGCACUGGUGGACGUGACGCUAGCCUGCGAAGGCCUAUCGUUGAAGGCCCACAAGAUGGUUCUUUCCGCUUGCAGUCCUUUCUUCCAAGCUCUCUUCGUCGAAAACCCCUGCAAGCACCCUAUUGUGAUCCUGAAAGACAUGCGCUACAUGGACUUGAAAGCCAUCGUCGAGUUCAUGUACCGGGGCGAGGUCAACGUGUCUCAAGACCAACUCUCGGCACUUCUCAAAACCGCCGAGACGCUCAAAGUGAAGGGACUCGCGGAGGUCACCGGUGAGAACAAGCAUGGUGCGCUCGUGAGUGUGGACGGUGCGGACCCUAAGCCAGUGGGCACGCCUCGUGCCGAAUCUCCGCCGCUUAGUAAACGAAAAAGAGGGCGGCCUCGGAGACGCUCGCCCAGCGACUCCAACAAGAGCGACUCUGAAGACCAGGGCGGCCCUCCGACGACGCGCAUCAAGGGACCCGAGAGUCCCGAAAUCAUCGAGGAUGGCAGCAUGUCGAGCGACCGCGUUACGGCCCUUCCGGCCGCUUCUCCUUCGAGUCGGACUUCUUCCACUGUGGCGGUGUCUUCCACGGCUGUGCCUUCGGGUGCGCUUAUCGGUUCCACCGCCAAGGCCACGAACUCUUUGGCGGCCACCUCGCAGCAUACUCAGGACUCGAUGGGUGACGACGUGGGGGAGGGCGAUGAUGCGGACUUUGAGGUGGAGCCUUCAAAUCUUAUGGAACAAUCCAUGACAACAGAAAACGUUCCUGUGUUCACGGACGUUGCCUCAUCAUCACAAGCACUAGGGAACGAGUCACAGCAGUCUCAUCAUACAGGGUCCACAUCAGACAGUACCGCUCUUGUUCCUGUUCAAGCCUCAUUGCCUUCAGACAUCUCCAUUUCCAGUCAAGUGGACAUCAAGCCGUCGCCUUCUAGUUUAAUACCCUACGACGACCAGGCGAUAUCGCCCGUGGUCGCCGCCCCUCCUGCCGCUGCGGCGUCCUCUGCGGAGGGCCCCAACAUGGCCAUGAUGUUCAUGGACACGUCGGGCGUCCCUGCAAUCGCCGGCCCGUCCAAUUAUCACCCGGACAAGCAGCAGUCGACUCCAUCUCAUGGUACGUUGCCCUCUGAUCCCGAACCCCUCCUCUCCCCUACUCCUUUCAUUCUUUACUAGGACUCCGCCCCACGACGAUCCUAGCCCCCGCCGCGUUAGGGGUUCAUCAAUGUAACGUCUGGCGUUGUGCGGCGGCUACGAUUGUAUCGGGCGUUCAGAAGCGUCGCUAUCGUUUUUAUUCAUCGCCACUUUGGCUGUAACCCCUAAUCGGAAUUGGAUCUUUACACACAAUAGCGACGUUUCUAUAUGGUUGGUUAGGGACUUGUAUGGUUUUUUUCUCCUCAACUUGCUGUAUCGAAAUUUUGUAACAUAGCGUGAAGUAAAAACUCUGCAGUUACCUCGCCAGAGGCUUCUCUGAAGAUGCCCAGUCAUUUGUCAAGUGUCCUGUGUGAAUUAAUCAUCGGCGCAUUCGCGAGUCGCGUUUUCGUUUGGACCCUGGACCAUGGCAAGAUUUCGGUUGGACAGUCUUCGAGCGUGUCUGUUUGCCGUCCUGCUGGCCACGUCGGAGACGGAGCCUGCUGCUCUCGCCGCACAUCUUUUUCUCGCGUCGCGUGCGUCUUCUUUUCGCUCUGACGUCAUCCGAAGCUGCUCUCCUGGAUUUGACGAAUGAUUUGGUAAGUUUCAUUUUAGCCCCCCUUCCCACUUAUCCACAUCCUCGAUCCUUAGCAUAUUUAUUUUUGGUAGGGCCUUAGGGAGUAAAUUCUUGCGAAGUGUAAAAUGUAUGUAUUGCACUGUACCAUAUGCAACGUCCUAUUAAAAGAUGGGGUGGCAGGGUUCUAUUGUCUUCAUUGUAGUACUAAUGCACGGGCGCGCAAGAGUGGCUGCGAGAUGAGUGCCGUUGUGUGGUGCGUGACUGCGAUGUGUGCGUGGUGAUAAUUGGCUCCCAUACAUAACACACUUGAUUGCGUAGCCCGAUACCCAACACUAUAUGGGGGACUGCGAACAUGCAUCUACAUGCACACUCCUGCAACUGCGACGUAUGCACGUUAAAUGUGCGGAUUGCUACGUCGCGAUUGUGCGAGUUUGCUCUUCACGCACAAUACACGUGGUGGGGUUCCCAGUUUGUGGUAUGUAGUUUUCGUAGGUGCUGUGCCAAGCGGACCUGUGGGCUGCAUCUGCUGGUACUCGGUGAGGCAUUUGCGGUAGUUCCGGUUUAACGACUCGUGUACGCAGGCGCAGUGAAGCGGCAGUCUGGUGUGAAGUCUUCCUGGAAGAUCGCUGUAAAGCUUUGGUUUUUGGUGUCAUCCGAUGGCGCUACAUUAAGUUCUAUUUGACAAUAAAAGAUUCUUGCAAUAAAA